AUGUAUGUGCUAAUAUCAAUCUUCUUUGCCAUUUCCUUUAGCCCGGAAUCUCAGGAAAACGCUCAACUCUUUGGCAGACUUAUUCAAGAAAUUCAUCAUGAAUUUGGUGGAGCAGAGAAUUGUCCAUGGUCACCUGCUGUUUUGAAAGGUUGAUAUUUCUCGUUCAAUGAACCUUCAAAUUUUGUUAUGCUCAUCUAAGAUCAACUAAAAUGUAUACUGUUCAUUAAGUCUAAGGCCCUGUUUGGCUACCAUACAUCACAUUGUGUAAAUGAAUAAAAUGUGCAAAUCGUAUACGUGUCAAUCCGUAUUUGUGAAAGGUGACAAAUUAUUGAUAAACGUAACGUUUCAAGCAAAAACUAACGCGUGAAAAGGUUUGCAAUGUAUGCUUGAAUGUAAAUAGUACAGUUAUAGUCCAUGCUUGUACACUUGGGAUUUGUACCAGUAAUGUACAGGUGAGGACACUGUCAUCCAUAUUAACCAAACUACAGUAAAUAUCCAGUGUUUUAGGCAAAGAAGAAACGUAAACACGGAAGUUGAUAGUUAAUAUAUAUUUAUUUUUAUUUUUAUUUAGAAGCAUUCAGGCGAUACCAUGUAUCAUGUAAGGCUAAGCAAAAACGAGUUGCCAGUGGUCAAGACGAAAACCAUAUAAUCGUUCUUGCAGAAGGAGAAGCCGAAAGGACGAGGUGA